UGAUGGCGCGCCCCGAGGUGCUGGGCCCCGGGUACCACAAGCAGCUUCGUCAGGGCAUCCUCGGGGUGAUGUUCGUGGUGGCCCUGGUGGGCAACCUUAAGGUCAUGUGGACCCUCCGACAGAAGUGGGCUAAGAGAGGUCGUAUGACCAUUCUCAGCUUCAACCUCACCCUGGCCGACAUGUUGGUCGUCCUCGUCACCAUCCUGGGUCAGCUGAUGUGGGAGGUUCUGGACAUGCACUGGUACCUCUCCAACGUCGCCUGCAAGCUCUUCAAAGUGGCGUCCACCUUCGCCAUCACCUCCAGCAACUACAUGCUCGUGGCCAUCGCCAUCGACCGCCACGAGGCGGUAGUGAGGCCUCUCAACCCCUUCAUCAGCGCCAAGAACCUGGUGUUGGCCGCGUGGGCUGUCAGCCUCCUGCCUUCCCUGCCCAACCUCUUCGUCUUCCUCAGACACGUGACGCCCGAGGGAGGAGUGUACUGUGUCUCCAAGUUCUACACCAAGGAGCUCGACAACAAUUUUAGAAAGGUGUACCUGAUGGUGGUGCUGGUGCUCGUGUUCAUCUCCAGCCAGGUCCUCCUGGUGAUCCUCUACCUGAGAAUCUAUUUCACCAUCUGGAGACAGUCUUCUUAUUUCAAAAGCGGCCAGAGGGGUAACAGUGAGAGCCGUCGGUCUAACAGCCUCCUCCCCAAGGCCAAGACGAAGACCCUCAACAUGACUAUAGUCAUCGUACUGGCUUUCUUCAUCACCAACACCCCCUACGUCAUACAGGAGCUGCUCAUGACCUUCGGAGACAUGCACCAGAUCAACCCCAACGUGCUGGCGCUCUGUGGGAUCAUCUCGGCCUCCAACUCCUGCUUGAAUCCCUUCAUCUACCUCUUCUUCUGCCCGAAGGGGGAAGGGCGGACGCUGGAGAGCUACCGGGUGACCUUCACUCGACGAUGGAACACGCUCAAUAGCCGAAUGGCCUCGAGUCCCGCCGCCGCCCAGGCAUACCCGACCUCCGGCCUCUCCAGCAAGGGAAACAGAUGAGUCCUGUCCGAGGAAGGCCUUACGGAUGAGAGCUAAGCAGGGCGAGGAAAGGGAAUUAUAGAACAAAACAAAGAAGUUGGCUCAGGCGGUAUGACGUGUGUUUGGUUGUCACCGGGACGCUGGUACAAUGUCCACGCCGCUCCAGCGAUUGUCUCAAAGGGACUGUUCUUGUUCCAUUGAGCUCGAGUGAACAUUUCAGGACAUCAAGGUGUCAAUAUCUUGAAUUGAAAAGGGUAUAGCAUAUCAUGAAUACGUAGGUGUUCUUGCAAACGUGAAAUCACAUUAUCUCUUCAUAAAUAACUUAUCGCUAUGUGAACAUAUCAGCACAAGGCUAAUGACAGAACAAAAGGGGCUUGAACAGUGAACACCUAAUGAGAUGAUCACUUGCUGAACGUCUCAAUUAUUAAUGCUCUGUUAUUAAUUCAGCAGAUAUUAACUUA